CCCCACUCAGGCUCCUCCUGUGGAGGAUGUUUUGUUUCUUUUUUAUGAUGUAAUUUAUUUAUAUUUAUGUUUUUUAAUGUAUGGAAGGUGGCUAGGAAACCCUUGGGUAAUAAGUGACUGAAUAUUGUGAUGACGAUGAGGAUCCUCUGAGGGUCCCAUCCUGAACUCGCCCACCGAAAGUGCUUUGGCGAGGGGAAAGGGAGCUUUUUCAGGGCAGCUUUCUGGGCCUUGGCGUGGGCCCCCAGGCGGAGGAGGGCUUAGUCAGCUAAGGGCAACCAGGUGGCUGGUCCAACUGUCCUGAUGCUCACUGCCGGUGUGGAGUCCCUGGAAAAAAGCCAUUUUGACCUUCUCAGCUCCUCCAUGUCUGCUGUGGUGCAAGAACUCUACACGAGUCUGCCAGUCACCCUCCCCACUGACCUUGCAGCUCUGUCGGAUCCCACCAUUGUACUUGAUGCUAAACCUGAAGCAUCAACCUUUGUGCUGUCAUGUAGCAGUUUGCCACCCAAGCCCCACCGGACUCAUGGGUUGAAAAUCUGUUCUCAGGACUCUGCUGAAAGGCUGGAUUGCACAGGCAAAGCCUCUUGCCCUGGACUGAUGGAUCUGCUUCCUCAAGAGCCUGCAGAAGCCAGAGAUCUGGCUGAGGAUGAUGAUACCCCAAAAAAGGAUGUGAUGGAGUUGGACCCUUGUUACCAACAUUCAAGGGAAGACACGGGAGGGACAAAGGAAUUGGGGAGUGUUGCUGAGGAGGAAGACCUUGCACAGUCUUAUCUAUCCUCAAAGGAAAUAUGUUGCUUAAGAGAGAAGGAACCUUGGCUAACCCACAUGGGAAGAGGAUUUCUUCCAAGCCCUUCCAAUGUUGAAGCAGCAGGCUUGCAGAAGAACCCAGAAGAAAGCCAAGCAAAUGUGCAGGUGACCCCUGAAAAUCUGUCAAACCUCCUGCAAGAAGCACAAGGUAUGAAGGCGAAGGGGACUGAUGGGCUGUUUAGUCAUGCAGGCAAGCGCAGUGCCAGAGAGGUUGCAGGUGUCCCACCUGAGAGCAGUGAGUCCUCAGAGGUAGACACAGUCAUGGCCAAAGUUGAGGUUUCAGGAAGCAACACUUUAGUCUCUCUAGAACCUGUGAGCGCCAAGAAUGAUGCUUCAGCAAGAGAGCUGCUGCAGGAAGACGAAGAAGUGGAGGAGAAUUGUCAAGCUCUGAUCUCCCAUGUUGCUUUGUCAGCAACGAAGUGUAUCCUUCCUAGCUCAGGAGCUGCGGGAGAAAAGUCCCUCAGUCGAGAUGUGGAAGCGAACCCAAUCCUUGACAGUGAUCCAGCUUCCGUGCAGGAUAAGACAAACGUGCCUAAUGACAGUAGCUCUUCUCCAGUUUUGCAAAGUGGGACUACCAUCACUGCUCAGCUGUCAAACUCAGCCCCUGAAGCUUCAGCACAUCACUUGGAAGGCAAUUUGGAGCUUGGAAACAUACUCUGGGAAGAGAACAUGGAUGCUUUUGAAAUUGUCUGUGAAGUGCAGGAGGAAGACUUGAGCUGCAAAAAAAUUGAGCUGCUGGAAGAAUGGGCCUCUGAGCCGGAUACGGAUGAAACUUUGUCCCCAGCGUGCAGCAGUGAAGAGAUGUCCAGUGAAAGCAACCAAGAACAGGAGGUGGAUGCUCAAAAUAUGGACCACUCUUACAGUUUGACCUGUGAGGGAGCUGUUGAAAUCCAGAAAGGGGGUGCUGUUCAAUGCUACUGGAAAGACAUUCAAGAAAAUUAUCAGCCACAGGAAAACAGCUUUGCAGAAUCAUCUUCAGUGGCCAAAAACAUGUUUCCCUCUUCACCUGCACAUCCAGAAGAUGACUUAAGACUGGCCUCUAUAGAGGUUGACAGCAUCCAAAAGGAUAAGCAUCAUCAAUGUGCUUCUAGUGACAUAAGCAUGGCUGUUGGGGGAGAAGAAAACAGGUCUCUCAUGGUGGAAGUGGGAAACGUUGGGUGCAUUCAGAACAGCUGCAGCACAAGCAAUGAUUCAAAUCCCACCAGUCGUGACUCUUUGGAUUGUGGCUCCAGAUUAGGUGAACAUGUACCACAGAUGGGAUCCCACAGUGGUCCAAAGACAGAAAUCCGAAAGAGUCCUUCAGCUACACACCUGUGUGCUACCACCAUAGCAGAUGUUGACUCAGAAGAAAAACCCUCAACAGCUCAACUCUGUGACAAUUACUCCUCUGCCCAGCAAACCGAGAGGAAUUUAAAUUGCAGCAGGUUACUGGACAGCUUGCCCAGAGAAGAAUUCCCUGCAGAGCUGAAGCUGCAGAGCGCCAGCUUCGUACUUCACACCAAGAAAGAGUUGCCUUCGCCAAGUCAGAAUGCUGGGAGUUGUAUUACAACAAGGGAAGCAUCCGUGAAAAGCACAGGCCUUAUGCUGAAGGAUACAGAGCAGAAGCCAGCUGAUCAGGAAAUGGCGCAAAUCGAAGCAUAUAGUCCUGGGAACCCAUGCAUGAACGACCUGUCUUCUGCCAUUGAGACUUGCUGCGCCUCGUUAGGAGGUAUCUGCUUAGCUGCUAAUGAUGAUGUUGACAGUAACAGUGUUCUCAAAAGCAGAAGUGAAGAAUCUGAUGGACUGAAAGCAAGUCACUCUUCUGCAUCUGCCGGGGAAGGUGUCCCUCCCGAGAAGCCUGGCAGUGUUGUUAAGGCAGGGGACCAUCAUCCCUGUGAUGACUCAGAUGAUGCUGGAAGAAUCUGGGAUGUAGCUUGUCCUGAAGCUUCAGAAGUGGCAGAUGUGGCAGCUGGAAUUCAGAGGUCUGACGGCAACGAUACUUCUGUGAAAUCACACAUUGCGCUGGAAGUUGACGCCAGUGUUUUCCCUGCAGAUUCAAACCCAGAAUUAGGUAAAGCUUCGCUGGUGGCUGAAUCUGAUGGAACGGGAGCAGCUGAAAGUGUAAAAACAUGUGGAGAGAGUUGGAGAAACAGAAUAGAUGAGAAACUGGCAGAUUACAGAGAUUUUGGCAAAACGAACUGCCUUGAACUUGGCAAACUUGUAAAAGACAAAGGUGAGGGAAAACAAAGGCAGCAUCAAGACCAUCACUCCUCUUCCUCCUUUGCACCUGAAUGCUCCAGUAUGAAGACUGCCAUGCACUCCAGCUUCCCAGGUCACACAGAGCAGCAGCCUGAUUUUUUGCCCUUGGAGGAUUUAUGUGCUGACAAUCCAGGUCAGCCAGGGGAAAAAAUCUGUCAGACAAAAGUCCAGCCCUUUCCGCAUCAGAAUCCUCCUUUUAAUAGACUGGUUUUGUUGAAUCAGAAAAAUGAAUCCCCAGAAAAGGAUGUUUCAGAAUGCCAGCAGCCUCCCUUGAUGUCCUCAGAGAAGCAAAAGGUGGAUCACGCUCUGCAGGCUGUGACCUCAAGUGAAGACACUGAAAAAUCUGUUGACUGUAAUCGGAACAACUCUUUGUGCUCGGAGAGGGGCCACGGCAAAACUCCAGUUCCGUUGCUUUUAAUAGAAGAAAAGAGUAUUCAAGAAACAUUUCAGCAAACUACAUUAGGCAGUUGCUCAUCUGUUAAAAUGCUGUCAGAAUCUCUUGGCAAUCCAUUGAAAGAAGAGUCCAUAGAACUGAAAAGUGUCGACUCGCAUUCAGAAUGUUGUUCUGAACUUCUGAGGUCAAUAGGGUUUGUUAAUGAUCAGGCUUCUCAAGCAACAACUGAUGAAUCUGCCUCUGGGGCAGUCAGCAGGAGUCCUUCCAAGGUACUAGAUGAAAAAGCAUUCUUACAGUGUAGUAGUGGGCCUGCAUCAUCUCCUAGUGAAAUGUUUUUCCAGCGAAACUCUGUAAACUGUCAGAAAAGUAUGGAGGGAGUGUGUUCAAAGCCGCUGGAGAACAAAGAAGUGCCUACUUUGGCAAGUAUAUGUUUCGGAGUGCAGCUCGCUCAGAAUCCAGCCAUCUGCUUGUCUCAGAAAGAUGAUCCAUGGACAUCUCCAUCUUUUCCUCCAUGUAGUCGCUGUUGUCCUUUUCCCAAAGAACACCCUGGAACAAUCAGCUUCUCUCUCAGUAGACUCAGUUAUCAACAUGUUAACCUGUUAAAUUCAGAGAAUGAAGAGGCAAGCUGUUCUGUUAAAGAAAAUACACCCAGAGAUUCUCCUCUAGAUAGCAAGGAAACGUCCGUUUGUGCAGUAGGUACCAAGCGAAGAGCGGAAGUAGUAAAAGACAUAUCAAUUAUUUCUGAUAGUCCUAACCCCUCAAAAAAGAUGAAACAGUCUUUGGAAGGUAACCAGAGAGCACUCAAUCUGUCCACUGAGAAAACGGAGGUAACAGUUUACCCUCUAGGCAUUAAAGAUUCUUCUGGAGCUCUCUUGCAAGGCUUGAGGUUUUCUGCAGGGCGAGAAGAAAUUGUGUUCCCAUUCAAGAUUGAAAUACACACACAGCCUUCUUUUGUCCCCCUACCUGAGCACAUUUUGCAACUUAGCAGAUUGCUGCACAACCCCAAGUUUUGCAGAAUCAGAGAUCCUUCAAAGCCAACUGUUGUUGCUCGACGGCAUUUAAAGAACGUGCAUUAUGCUUUGCAAACUAAAUGCUUACUUUCCACAAGACUGUCUCCGGAAAUCUUUUGCAGCAGCGUCCUGCCUUGUCCUUCUUCAGGUGGUCAUAGGUUAGAAGCUUCCCCCAAAUGCCUCAGCAGUCAAGGAAGAAGCUGGCAGGCUGGAGAGGUCACCCAGGAGCCAGCAGGAGACGGAAAGAAGCCAUUGGAAGAUCGCUUGGUCAUUGAAAUACCUGUUGAGAAGGCGAGAGAUUCAGAAUCAGGUGUUUGUCUGAUGCUUACCCAGAAACCCUUGCAAGAGGAGGCUGAGGAAGUUCCAGCUCUGCCUGCUGCCUCCUGUGGUGCAGUUGUUCAAGACAGAAGAGCUAAAGUGAAGGUGAAAUCCAGAAACCUCUUGAAACGGAGAUUCUUCUGCCUUGCACCACCUUUAAGCAGUUCUUACCGUGAGAUGGUGGUGAAGCCACAUGCUUUUGCUUCGGGGAGCGGAGUUGAGGUCAGUGAGAAUGGCAGCACUUUCAGGGGGUGGAAAAGGCCAAAGAGAGCCAAGGACUUUGAUGGGUUGGACUACCUAGAGGCCAAAAGCCAAAGCCUAGGGAGUUUCAGGAGCCAAAGCCAGCCGCCAGCCACCAAUGACAGUCCUGUCCUUGUAGUCUUUUGCAUGUUGCCACAAGCCUUUCACUUUAGUUACGAUGGAAGCAGGAGUUCCCUCAGAUGCACUCGCAGAAUAAGAUCACCUCUUCCAUUCAGGAGGCAGCUGGGGAAAGCCUGGGUCAGGAUUUCUAGGCCGGACCAGCUCAGAACAGCAAGAAAAAGUCACCUAAUGGCAAGUUCUGUUUCCUUCAGGAAUCCCUCUGCGAUUGUUCUAAAGCCUGAGUGCCAGCUCACAGAUUCUGUCUGUUUUGCCCCAAAGCUCACUGUUACAGGAAACACAGGAGAAGGCACAGUCAGGGAUCAAAUGCCAAAGCAACAAGGCAGCCAAAGCAGCUUGCUGGACAGCCCCAGGCUUAGCAAACUUACCAAAGACCCGGUGCUCUUGAGGAAGCUGUCAGCGUUGGCUAACAAAUUGCUGGCACUGCCGGGAAACCCUCAAAACCGCAACCAGCUCUUGGGCUCUACAGAGCUCCUCUCUGUCCCUGAAAAGUACAGCCACUUCAGACAUAAGAAGCUCUUGGAAGUUUUCUCCUGCGUGGACUUGAAGCUCAACUCUCCAUGGUUUAAUGGCAGCAGCUGCAGCUUCAAGAUGUUCACCUCUCAAUCUUUGGCACUUUAUCCUCUGGAGUUGACCAACCUGUUCUUUUUGGAACUGGGCAAUAAUAACUCCCCCCUGGCCUUCAGUGCCCCUGUUUUCCCUGUGACUUUCCAUAUAAAAUUGGACUCCAGCCCAGCGAGGAACCUCCCGGGGCUGACAGCACAGCACAACGACCCUAGCAACAGCCACCGGUUGGCUCUGGGGGAGGCCCACAGCUUCCAGCCUUCCAAGUGGACCUUUUCUCUCCUCCUGCCUCAAAGCUGCCUCGGUGUCACACCAGUCCAGAGAGAUGCCUGGGUCCCUGCUGAAUCGCACACCACCACACCGCUGGCCUCUCUCGGCGCGGCAGAGAGCUGGCGAAGCGAGGCCAUCACGACUCAGCGGAGGAGGGCAGGCUGCUCCCCACUUGGCCUCCACACCGUCUUGGCCCUCUAUUCCCCCGGCUGCUAUCGGAUCUGGACCAGAAGAAGGAGCCUCACCAGCCGCCUCCCAGCGGUCCAGAAUCUGGCUGCACUUCAGCUCGCCCAGGGCUUGAAGGGGUUAAGACAUUCCGCUUCUGCGUCAGCUGACCUCUUCUCUUCUUUGCCCUAUUCGCUGGGUCGAGUUCUGUCCAUAUGGAGCCAGCACAGUCCUUCCCCCAACCGUCCCUCCGAAUUCACUCCUCUCCAUUCCAAGCGCUGCAAGUGGCAGCCAGCCACUUCUGCGACCACCAGGCUGGGCUUCGGGAACAGCUCUGCCAUGUUGCCUCAGGUGCCUGACCAGUGUGUGGAUGACCCCAGCACUGUCGCUGAUGCUGUGAGGCUGGAACCUUCAUUUUCUGCGUCAUUACAUGCAUCUUGCUCACUUCUGGAGCCAGCACCACCUCCUCUUGGAAUUCCAGUGCCUGCAUUUCCAGUCAUUCCCUUGGACGAACUGGACGUUCCUGUCCCUGUGUUGCCCAAGACUGGUAGCCGGCUUGAAAAGGCUGAACUGGAGAAGAGGCCAAAGAAAGUAUCUCAGAUCCGGAUUCGAAAGACUAUCCCUAAACCAGAUCCCAACCUCACCCCCAUGGGACUUCCCCGACCGAAAAGAUUGAAGAAGACAGAAUUCAGUUUGGAAGAAAUAUACACCAACAAGAACUACAAAUCUCCCCCUACAACCAGGUGUCUGGAGACCAUCUUUGAGGAGCCAAAGGAGAAGAACGGGUCCUUGAUCUCCAUCAGCCAGCAAAAGAGGAAGCGGAUUUUGGAGUUCCAAGAUUUCACCAUUCCCCGGAAGAGGAGAGCACGCAGCCGAGUCAAAAUGAUGGGCGGUUCCACCCGGGCUCAGAAGGCCGCCUUGGGUGGAAGAGAACUAGACGUUCUCUUGAUCCAGAAACUGACAGACCUGGAAAGCUUCUUUGCCAAGGAGGAAGAGCAGGAGCAAGCAUCAGGCAGUUGAGGGUGGGCUGGCGGCUGGGAACGGCCCAUGUCCUUUAGCGCUUCAGUGUGCCCGGAAAGGCACGAAAUCAGUUUCCCCAUAUGAAACCACUCUGCUCCGAUCCCCGGACGAUCAGCUCUUGUUUACGGGCCUGUCUGGCAUGGCCGUAGAGAUAGUUCAUUAAGCACUGGGGAGGAGAGCUUCUAAUUUCCUUUUAACACAGCCAGGUGGCUCUGUCAUCCUCCUUGCAGCCUCACUGAAAAUCAUUGUUUUAACAUCCUCUGGGGAAAAUGGGUGGGGCAGAUUAAAGGCUAAUGCACCUUCAAAGGCAACAGGAUUUAAAGAACUUCCAAAUGUAUGUGUGUGUUGGGUUUUCGGCCACUCUGCUCUUUUGUGCCCCCCACCCCUAGAUGUCGUAGGGGGCUAGGAGGACCGAAAAGCUUGAAUAAAAUAGGCAGCAGGGGGAAGAGCUUAUUCACAAGCAGCACUUGUGAAGCAAGAUUUCAACAUUUUCCCCAUCCUCCGUAACCAGUCAAGGAUCCCCUGCCGCUCUCUUGAUUGAAAUUGUCUCAAGUCAGCCAGAGUCUCUCCUGGGAGAUCCCACGACAACAUAACAACUUGCACUUUUGUACUUUCUUUGCUGCAUGUGGACCCAUUUUAAAGAUGCGUGGUACGGACACUGUGGGUUGAGGUUCCCCUGGGAAAUGGCUGUAAUUGUUCAUCCUGCCCCCUCAGACGAGGGAUAGCAGGUAGCAUGAGCUCAGCCCCGCUCUUUCCCUCCUCACUAUGUUCCUUUUGCUGACUUGAACCUUUCGGUAUUUGACACACCAGUGGAUUUCAGCUGCAAAGUGCGCCACAUUUUGUUGGGUUAUCUCCCCAUCCCGGCAUCGUCUCUUCUCCCUGCCUGCAAAUGCUGUGACUCUUAGAUUCCUCCUCUUUUUAACUUGAAAAAUUAUAGGUUUGGGGCCAAGCAUUGCCUAGCUCAUCUAGUUGAACAAAUUUAUUAAUAACCAACUGGUCUGUAUAGCCUGGUGAGUAAUACAGUACUGGAUCCUGACAGGUGGAAGCUGGUGAGCAGCCAGUGACAAUUGGUAGCCACACUCAGGAAAGCUUAGCCUCCCCCUGCCCAGUUGGGAAAUUUCUGUGCUCUGGGAUACUCUUCCCCUCCCCAUUUUUAUUUGAGCAUUUACCGUAGGGAACAGCAGCUGCUGUGUGUCUGCAGUGCCUAUAAUUUGGGCCAGAUUUAAUGGCUGAAAUCCUCAUAGCUCGCCUCCCUCUCAUUUAAAAUUUGCACUUUCUGUACCUCAAAUGCCCCUUUGGGAUACCUUCUUGUUACCUCCAGAAUGAGCAUUGCUCUGGCAUCCAAUCAAUAUAGCAGAUGAUGGUAACUCGGGCAAGCCCAGGGGUGAAAUCUGUGCUGCCCUCGCUUCUCUGCCAUCCCCACAUCGGAGGAAGCAAGAAGCAGAAGGUGUCAGCCCAGUUGCCUGUGAUAAAACCCUGGGCCUGUAAACUGGAGACGUGGAGGGUGGGGGGCUGCCGCACAUGUGCCUGAAGCAACCGUUGGAUUCCUGCUGCAUACUCAUCUGUAUGGGCAAGUGAAAUAGUUUCCCCAAUGUGAUAAAGGUGAGAAAACUGGGAAUCGUUUUUGUAUGGUGCAACCUACCCCGAAGUGGCACCCUCUCCAGAUGGUUUGGACUACAACUCCCAACAGCCCCAGUAUCGUAUGGCCAUGCUGGCUGGGGCUGGUGGGAGUUGUAGUUCUGCCACUGUGGGGAAGGUUGGACUAGAUAUCGUAGCCAGUUCCAUAUGUGACUGACGUUAUGUUUGCUACUGCAUGCAAAUCUGUGGACGCUCCUGGCUAGCAAAUAAUACUUUUAUCAUGGUAGGCGAUCCCUGAACAUCUCUAGUCUCAAUAUUUUGGAUGUGUUGAAUAGAAUCAUCGUUAGAAGUACAUUUUAAAAUACAUUUUUUUGUCCCAUAGUGGGAUUCUAUGACACAGCACACCAGGACAGAUUGUGAUGUGGGGAUUUCCAAUUCCGUUGUUGAGCUGAUGUUCCAUGAGUGCCAGGCAGGGUCAGUGCUCUGAACAGGAGUAUGUCCUCCACUGUGAAUUUUGAAUUGUCUGUUGUUGGUGUCUUUUGUGUGGGUGUGGUUUUCUUUCCCAUUUUGUUCGCUUCCUCUUGAGAAUGCAUUUCUGUAAAGCUGCAACAUGGGAACGCAAGGACUGUUCUUGCCUUUGUUUUGUUGCAGCUGACCAGAAAAUGAAGCCAAAUUUCCCCUGUAACGUGGUGGGAUCUGUGGCAAUCCCAACAAUGGUUGGCAUUGAAAGAGGCUUUCUUCCCUACCUGGGAUUCUUUCUAAAGGCGUUGUUUUGUGUGGAUGCAAGUUCCUCUAACCCCUGUUCUUAUCGGACCCGUAGACGGGUUGUGGCAGUAGUGUGGCUGGUGAAAAGUGUCCUCUGGAGCUGCCCCUACCGCAUGAGAGAGGUUUGGAGGAUAGGUUCCCGAGGAAGAACCUGCCUUCAGGCAAGGCCCUUUCCAAGGUGGGGACUGGAAUUCUUUUCCUUUCCUAGUUUUCAGUAGAAUCAUUGAAGAAAUUCUACCCAGAGCACUUGAACGAAAAUUCCCUGUCAGGAAAGAGCCAAGGCAGCCUCUGGUGUAAGCUCUUUGGGACCGGAACAUCGUUUUGUAAUAAAAUAAUGUGGCUUGUUAGGACUGUGUCUGCUUGAAUGAAAUCAGGAGUACAUAAAAAUGUAAUCCCUCUGCAGCUGCCAGGAGUAAAUAGGGCUUGCAAGGUAACAUCGCCAGGGACAGAACAUUGGUCAUCUCUGCCAGUGGUUAGAUUUGACUGUCUCCUUGUCAGGCUGGUCUGGCUGACGUCCCCAGAGCUCUAUGAUGAGGCUCCAACUGCUUUGUGGUUAGUGUUCAGAAAUGGCUUCUUUAAGCCUUUUGCAUUAAUAAAAACUGAAUGGAAACUUGCACAUUUUUGUACCUGUCAUGCCAUUAUUAUGUGGUGUUUUUGUUUUUAAUUCCAGUAGUCUGAGUUUGAAAUUUUGCUUUCUUCGUAUGUUAAAUUAUGGAAAUAAAAAAAAUAACAUUU